AUGCAUCUAUCUAGUGAAGUGAGCUCAACCACUGGUUUAGGGCAUGAAGCAUCUGGAUACGGCUUGCCGAGUCAGCCGUUAACGGCCGAGUUGCUGGCCGAGAGGACCCUGGAGGGCCUUUUGGCUGACCACCCGGGCGAGCUUGUGAAGACUGGAUGUCCUCACGUUGUAUGUACAGUGCUACCGCCACACUGGAGGUCAAACAAGACAUUACCAGUAGCAUUUAAAGUAGUUGCAUUGGGAGACGUCGGUGAUGGAACAUUAGUCACGGUCCGCGCCGGAAACGAUGAAAACUGUUCAGCGGAACUUAGAAACUGCACGGCAGUUAUGAAGAACCAAGUAGCUAAGUUCAAUGACCUGAGAUUUGUGGGACGAAGUGGAAGAGGGAAAUCCUUCACAUUAACCAUAAUGCUGGCGACAUCUCCACCACAAGUGGCGACUUACCAGAAGGCCAUCAAGGUAACAGUGGAUGGACCACGCGAGCCGAGGUCAAAGACACGACAUCAUGGCUUCCAUCCAUUCCAUUUCGGACCCAGAUUUGCCCCAGAUCCGCUCAUGGGAUCGCUGCCUUUCAAAUUAUCAGGGAUUGCGCACCAACUGGCAGGGCUACCAGGUAACGAGUGGGGGGCAUUGGCCAGGCAUUAUCCCCCUCCAAUAAUCCCCACGCAUCCCCACUUUACGCCCCACGUUCUGCCGCCGGCGCACACGCAAUCCCACGUUGCUCCACCUUCACAUGAAAAUGAUCUGACGUCAGAAAACCCAACAACGAUGCACGCGCAUAGCACUACGAGUCCUUCAAACUCCCGGCCGAGUUCCCCACAGGAUGACGAUGACAUCUCUGUCACAGCCUCCACUAGCCCCCCUCCGGACGAACGUCCCGGAGCCUUCACCUCCGUCACUAGACGGAAGCCUCUACAACCCUUACCUCCACCGUCCAGCAUAUUCCACAGUGCACUAGCAGCUCAACUAUUCCUCAACUCUCCCUUACUCCCAACUCCACCUGCCUGGUUAUACUCACAACUUUAUGGGGGAUAUGACUGGUGGCUUCGACCGCCACAGACUCACGAAGAUUCAAAUUCAAGUCCCGAUAGGGAAGACACAGCUUCCACGAGUUCAAAGAAACGACCGGCCUCACCAGAAUGGUCAGAUCAAGGGGUCAGAACCAGAAGCAAGGCUCUAAUGUCUUCAGAAAGACGGCCAGUGGACGUUUGGCGGCCGUAUUAGGUGUUCAAAGAGUUAUUUAGAUGCAAUUAUUUCAUACAUCGAUUUAUAAAGUCACUGAUUGAAUAGACAUUAACUAAAGUGGUGAUAUUUUAAAUGGAUCUCAUAGUUUAGGAGAGAACAAUUUGGUUGAAUGUGUCGGCCGUUCAAGUAUAGUGAUUAUUGUAUGUGUUAGAUAAAUGUGAAUUUCAAAUUACGAUGUU